CGUACGAUCACGGGUUUCGGAGAGUACUUCAGCAUGCAAGAAGUAAAUGCGGAAGAUGUUUACGAUCAUCUAAAAGCUGUAUUCGAGGCUUGUGACCAAAAUGGCGAUGGCUUCGUCAAAACACAGGAUCUCUUGCGGCUUGGCCAAGAACACUCCAAUGGUGGCUUUGAGGUGCAAUUUCCUUUUCUCUGGUUUUGAUUAUGUUACGCGUUAGUUAUUUGGCAGUAGAAUUAAAAGCUAAUCGCUGUAAACUGGACUAAAAGUUGCCGGAAAUUUGGAGUCCUUGUUUUUCUAUAAGCAGGACUCAGGCGGACUAUCCCGCAAUCUCAAGGUCGUCUCGAUUUAUUUACUUGGCUUCUCCAUCAGUAUCAUUUAGGAUACUACAUUUUACUUGAUUCUUGUUUUUCGGGAGGUUAGUGUUUUGCUCCCUAAAACUCACGUUUAUACUAUCAUAAGAGGUUAUUACUUGGGUGUGUUUUAAACUUUCGAAAACAACAGUUUCUGUCUGUUUUAAAGACUCACUCCAGUUAGUUUACUGUUAAUGUUGUGACAAGUAUAACGUUUUGACUGAAAAUUGACCGUCUUCUUAUUCUGUAAAGAGGCCAGCUUGCUCGAAAAUCGUAAGGAAUCUUUUUUCUGGAAAAGUGAUAGGCAAUAUCACCGAGGGAACAGUCCCGAAAUAUAUUGAAACAUCAAGCUUACGAUUUUAACUGCCUUCUGCCUUGAAAACGACAUCAAUUUAGCUAAUUGUUAUUCGUUCUGUCCCCGUCUCUAGGAGAUGAAAACCCUAAUCGAAAAGCUAGAUCCUGACGGAUUUGGAAGAAUAAGUUUUGAUGGGUUUUGCAAAGGAAUUCACGAAUUUCUUGGUGAGUUAAAGUACAACUUCAAAGGUGGUAAAACGUGUAUCACCGUAUCGAUAUUGCGUUAUGUUCUAAGCUAUGUCUUGUCCGUCACACAGCGAUGAAAAACAACUUUAUUCGCGUUUUGGUCGACCUUUUAAAAGUUUUUUGUAAUUGGAACUUCUUUCUAUUCAAGGGGUUAACGGAGACGUGAAUAUGAACGGGGACAAAGAUGCAGCCGAUUUGGCGACUGAUUCAAAUCCCUGGCUUGUUUUACCACUGGAUAGCGACCAACAGGAAGAAACUCAAGACAGCUGUUGUGAGGUUAGUUUAUUGUUCAUUUUGAAAUUAUUCGUCUCUAGGGGAGAAGCAAAUCUAGCUUAUUUUAAUAUGUUCAAAAAUGUUUCGAAACUUUCAAGUUUCGAAAGCCAAGAGGAAGUGGACGGUUGUCAACAGUUCAACGAAAUUGUUUACAUUUUCUGGAGCGAAACAAUAAAGCCAUUAACAUUGUGCAAAUUUAUGGCUCUUCUUAAAAUUACCCCACUGGUUAUUGACUAACAGGCCUUUGCAUGUACUUAAACUCUGUUUUUAUGAGGUCACUCAACUGAUGAAAUAAAAUGGUAAGUCAUGCUGUCCUGUUCAUAGAAUCAUGUUAUAAAACAUUUAGCACACUGCGAAUUAAAUGAACUAUUUCUGGGUACUGAUCUUACAGUCAAUCAAAAAUCCUUUUAAAGCAUAUUGUACUGUGGAGAUAAAGAAGAAUUCCAAUUUCCGAAAGCCUUGGUUUCUCAAACCUUCUGAUGAUUUAAGCCAAAACUGACUUCCUUUCCCCAGGAAAACACUGUAAUUUGAUACAUACCUCCUAGUAAUGUAACCCCGAUUUUCUUUUACCUAAUACUUUUAAGAAGUUGGGAUUUUUUCAAUUUACAUAGGCAAAUUAGUUGGUUCAAAAUCUUGGGCCAAAUGGUACUCAAAAUUCAGGACCGGUAAAUUUCAUCCCAGAAUCGGAUUUGCCAUUUGCACAAAUUAGUUCCACUUAUCUCAAAACGGCCACAAAACCUGCAAAUGGUGUCAGAGGUCUCAGAACAAAUAAGACAAAACUUUCGAUUGGGGCCAUUCUGACGGGAAAAACAGGAAUACCUUUUCAGAAAUUCUGUUUCUCCCAGGAAAAUUUUUCACUGGAAUGACUACAAAGACCUGUGUUACUUUUUCAACUGGGUUUGUCGCAAAUUUUAGGAAAAGGUAAACAACCAAGAAUUCCACAGAGUUCUCUAGAAGCUUCAGCAACCAGUCAGACUUGCCAUUUGCCAGAGUUUUGACCUUGUUGCAAUCGUACUUGUUUCUCAAAAUUUAGUUCAAUUAAAAUAAAGCAGAUGUGGGUGAAUAGAGGUGUCAUCUCCCUGGCUAAAAUUCCUCCCCCUAGUCGCUCAAAGCGUACUGAAAUGCAUUUUCAGCUGUUCUAUGUUAAGUUGUUGGUCUACUCUAGACAAGACACCGAUGUACUUACCCUUUCCCCUUUCUAUCACAAAUCAGUUUGCCAUGAAUAAUACCCUGUUCUUGACAAAAUGUAUCUGCUUUCUAUACUCUACCCUAGACAUACAAGUAUUGCAGCAUGUAGCUAUAUAAACUUAAUAGGGCAUUACGCACCCCCCCCCCACCUCUUGCCCAGGAGUGGUUGUUUGAGUCAGAUGGCCUUGCAGGUUGUCCCUCGUAGUUAAGUGCUCAUUUGCUGAUACUGAUCUAUAGGAGCCAUUAGGCCACAAUGAUAGGGAUCUAUAGUCCCUUUGUUGAUACACAAUCUGAAGUACAUAUGUAUCAUUUAAGGAUCUGGAGAUGUGUGGGUCAUUUGCUGUCAGUUUUUAUAAUAUAUUUUUCCAAUCGAUUUGAUUUCAGCGUGACAGUCCAUACAGCACAACAUCCACAAAUGAAUACAAUGGUGAUGAUGAUGAAAACUUUCCAGACGAUUUACGAGUGUCAAACUUUAAUCGCAAUCAAAAGCAAUACUCUACAUUUCCACCUCCCACAUUGUCACGGUUAAAACAUCGGGCCACGCUGCCUACCAUGAGUGUUGAUGUGUACAGUGACAGAUGCUCACACUCUGAUACAAGUGAAUACCAGUCUGAAGAAGGAUUUGAGGGUUAUGGGGAGAGCUUUAGUGAGGAUACAACUUUUGAAGAUAGCCCAACUUUAAGAAGAGAACACCAGGUUGCAGAACGAAUUAUAAGAGGGUAAGCAUGAGAUGAUACUUGAAGGUCAUAGUCAACUCCCUCAGCAAGGCAGGCACCACUAGGAUCAAUACUACAUGUCCAUCCUAGAGGGGUGUCCAGCCUGAAGUGUCAAAUAAAAAUGACACUGAGGAAUGACAAGGACCAAAUCUUCCUGUUUUUUAGGGAGUCAUUGUUUGUUAUGCAUUCUAUUUGUAUCACCCUGAUACCGCUGGUUCCUAAAAUUGUAUUUGCUUAGUAGAUCAUCAAGGAACUUUUCAGAGAGAUUUGACUGUAUCCCUACAUUGUCCCAUACAAUAAAUAAAUAAAUGCAAAUAUAACCAAAUUUCCUAGAAUUUUCUUGCAGAAUGUUAUAAGCCUGCUGCUUACACACUGUAUAUGAUACCCAGCUACAGUACUUGCAUCAUGACUGCAAGUACUGCCUGUAAUACUGCUGUAAAAGCAGAAGUUUGCCAGCAAUAGAGGCCAUCCCAGUGAUGGCUUCUGCUGUUGUCUGCCUACAGCUAUGUCAGUUAAUUAACGUUGUGGGAUUUAAUGGCCUUAAGCCUAUGUGGCAAGACUGCAACGUCAUGUGAGUAGCUGUAAGUCCGUUAAAAUUUGGUCUUAACUUCACAGUUGUCAGUUCCGUGGAAUUUUUUAAUGAAAUUUGCCUUAUUUCUUCUUGGUCUUGUCAAUAAGGUUUUCUAACAAUGUUAAAUUAUUGAAAUACCUGUAUGUGAUCAUAUGUCAGAACAGUACUCCGGGUAAAACCAGCUACUAGGUCACAAACUGGCCAGCAGGAUAUGAGAACCAGGCAUUAGCCUUGAAUGCUUUGAUGAAAAGGUUACGUACAAAUACAGUUGAACCCCCAUAUGCUACCACCUCUUGUUAGUGACCAGCCAUCUAAAAUACCAAAGUGUUUCAAGGCAAAACCUGACAAUAUUGAAACCUCUCACAGAUGACCAUCUCUAAUGAUGGUGUUACAGUGUAACCUCUCCUUACGGACACCUCUAUAAUACUGACACCUCUCUAUUAUGGACAGUCUGUUUGGUCCGAGAAAUGCCAAAAAUCAUACAUUCCCAGUACCUCUAUAAUACGGACACCUCUUUAAAGUGGACACUUGGUUCUGUCCCUUUGGUGUCCGUAUUAAAGAGGUUUGACUGUAUAAUAAUCCAUUGUUAUUAACCUAUUGUUAGAGACUGCUUGAAGCAAGGUCUGUUGUCUGUGUUUGCUGUAUGUAUUUUAAGUGAAGACGUGGAAGUGCACCAGCUAUCGUAACUUUGAAAUUUUGUACAAUGAAUUGUUUGCCAAUAAGUAGAAGUGUCUGGACCUUUACUCAGAAAAGACCAUCUGUUGUUCGAUUCCCAUUAAGUGAUCACCUCCCGUAAGCAACCACUGAAUCUUUUGCAUUUAGGAUGGUCAUUUAUAGGAGGUUCAACUGUAUAUGAAAUAUGAUAAAUCUUAGUUGCAAAUAGCCUGGUCAGAUUCAGAAGUGUUAAGGGUUAAUUAGUUGAUAAGAAUGUCUUGUUCUUCUUAGCUCUGGUUCGAGAAAAACAUCAGCUGCAGCAGCGGCCUUCUCAAGGUGAAGUGACUGAUUAACUUUGAAAUAUUAUCGUUUUUAAUAUGAACCUAACUGUAUUAAUUCCAUGCUAAUAUUACUGACAGUACAGAGAAACUAUUCUUGUGAAAUCAUGUUUUGUUCUGCGAAAUUCUCUUUUGUAAUAAUUAUAUGAUUAAAAUAUGGCAGAGGCUGAUUUGAUGCCCAUCACAAAGAUCUUGAUCACAUUUUACAAACUUAAUCUCUGUUAAAUGGGGUACAUUUAUUGUCCAUGGCCCACAUUAAAAAACAGAGUUGUGUUGAAAGGCAUGUUAACAGUGUUAGAAACUAUCAGUAUUAAGUUUUGCAUACCUUGCAAUGGUGUAGACUACAUUAACAAAUUGAUUGUUAUGAAUGACAAAAAAAUUACUGGUAGUUAUUGAUCUUCAGUACCCUACAAUAGUUCAAUAUUAAUGGUGAAAUUAUAGCGGCGGAGGGCCAAGCGGUUAGAGCACUGGACUUGAAAUUUGGAGGCCCCGCGUUCAAGACCCGUUCUGUCCACUAGCUGGAUUUGUUCCCAGUAAUCCUGACUUCAAAUCCUCGACCAGGCUUGUAAAUAGCUGGUUUGCCUCAGGCCAGUUGGGGUUCUUAACCCUUUUAAGUUUGAUUUGAAUUAUUUGUUUCAGGCAUUUGCUCGGCCCCACUAGCAUUAGUGCCAUUCAUACUGCUGAGAGUAAAUAACAAAAUUGCUAUUAUUAUUAUUAUUAUUAUUAUUAUUAUUAUUAUUAUUAUUAUUAUUAUUAUUAUUAUUAUUAAGUGACAUGUAUUAUAGAAAUGUUAGGUGAAUUUUAGAAUACAAAUACUAAAUACUUUAUUUACUAUAAAACAAUGUGGAUACACAAUUUUAACUAUUGUUCAGCCAUCAUUACAGCGGAGCCAAUUAAGCACUUCUAAAAUACAGCUUGUGAUUGCUGACCUAUCCAAGAAAUGCUAGUGGAUUAACAAAGAUCUGUCUUGUUUUUCUUACCAACAGCCAUAAUAUGCAUCUGUUUAAAUGCCACUCAGAAAACCCCAGCCGACACAACAGUUUUGAAGAUCUGAUGGGUGAUAGGCCUCUAUCAGACAGCGAAGCUAGCACCUCAGUGUUUCUUCUCUCAGAGGUGUGUUACAUAAAACAGAAAUGAUUAGUAAGUGAAGCAAACUCAAGGCUGUGCUGUAAGAAAAACUGAAGGGGGGCCAGUGCUCUGAACCUUUGAAAUCCAUGGUGCCUGACUUAAUGUGAUUUCUAUCAGACAACUAAGAUGUUCAAGUUACCCAAGAACAAAAGUUAGGUACCAGGAGCCACUGGGCACUGCUAGAGCACAGCCUUAACACAGUUGUCUUUUGAUAAAAAAGGCCUGAGCUUUUUAAAAAUCCACAUUGUUAAUCUUCUUCUUGUAGCUUAAAAGGUUGUCAUCACAAGUGUCAUUGUUACAAGAGGACCAAGCUCUGCACACAAACAAACAGACAAAAAUACGAGAUGAAAACAAGUUACUAUGUACAAGGUAAGCUUAGAAGCUGCUCUUUUUAGUAUCUGUUUUCUGAAACAGCCAUGAUCUCUCUUUGUACAAGUUGCAACCAUCUUAGUUUCCAUGGUGACAAUAACCACUGUUCAAAACUGUCACCUUUAAUUUUUCAAUGGUUUAAUUUUUGGUAUUGGGGGUGAGAUUGAUUAGUAAUAGUCCACUUGAUGGUAUCACCUGGUAGUGUGUUUUUGUCCAUUUUCUUGAUAUAUAGUCAAAUCUACCACAACCGCAGCCCUAAAUAAAUUGAUCAUUAAAAGGAAAAAUUCAAGAGUAAGUCUUAACUUUCCCCUGCUCUGAAACAAGCAAAAUAAGAUUCUCGGAGACAGGAAAUUACCGCAGAAACAAGGGUUUGAGACCAGUGAACAAUUUUGCAUGUUUUUGUAUUUUCAAAACAACCUUUCUCCAUUGCUAAUAGAAAUUAUGAUUUCAUACAAAACAAACAGUUCAUUUAGAUCUUGUCCUUGAUUCUUUGCUGUGAAAAGGGUGUUGUUACAAGGAAAAUUGUAAAUAUCUUGUUAAGCUUGUUCUUUGAUUUUUGUGGUUGUAUAUUUCAAUGUGUUUUGAAGUAUAAUAAUUAAUUAUAAAAUAGUUUCCAUUGUGCUGUUGGCAAUUAAUAAUGUCUUAAUGAUUUUGCUGUUAGUCAAUGUGUCUUUUGCUUUAGGACAUAGUUAAUCACAGCUGACGUGACCGUAAAAUGCACUUAUCUAUUAAAAGACCAUAAGUAGCUAUCGGCUAAAUGACAAUAUUAGUCAAUUCAUGGAUCAUUAAUCAUAGACACUGGAAGAAUCUCUGACAUUACAAAACAUAGCAUUAAGAUUGUGUGUCAGAAGCUGAGUUUGUAAAGUUAUGACAUCAAUACUCAAGAAUUGGUCAUGUUUUAAUAAUAAUUAAAUUCUGCUGUCCUAAGUUUCAGUUUGGUUUAAAUCAAGAAUGACUUUUUGUAAUCAUCUUAUUAACAGUAGUGAUGUAUAUUGUCAUUUGCUUUAAAUAGAACACAGAUUCUAUAUGUUAUAGUUAAAAAUAGACGUGGCAGCCAUUAUGCCAUGAUUUCUCAUUACUUUUUGGUUUCCACCAAAAAAAUCAAAACAUGACUGUUUCUAUGCCACAGAGCCUUUGUUUCCAAGUUCCUUUCUCUUUUUCCAUGCAACCUAUUGUUUUUGUCAUUUUAUGAAGCUUUAUUCUAGCUGUUUCCCUGGUGUUUACAAGUACAAUACUUCAAAGGCUUAUUUAUUCAAAAUACCCACUGCUGGUCAUAUAUUCACAGAAACCCUUUCAGUUGCCAUGAAUAUUUAUGAAUAUUUAAUAUUUAUUCAAGCAGACAUCUGCUUUACAAAUUUGCAUAAAAGGCAAUGACAUGAAAUUUGUUUCCUUGUUUUUAAUAACACGGUUGAAAACCAGUAGUGAAAGUUAAAAUUUUGAGCAGAGAACACAAUGAUUUCAAUGUACAGUCCUGGUUUGGCUGUGGUAAGUCUGUAAUGUGAUGUCUUUCCUGUUCUGUUAACAGCAGAGAAUUGUGUGAAUUAUGCAAAGAAAGACAUAUUAUUACUACUGAAAAUUUUGUAGGAAAAUCCUGCUUGAUUUUUGUUUUUCAUGUUGUACCUUUUGUGCGGCUACAUGGCAGCUUAUCAAAUGUAUCUGAAACAUUCUUUUCAGAUUUUAAGUAGAAGAGUGAUAUUUGAUUCAACUACAUCCUUUUGCCAUGGGAAAUAAACCAACCUUCAAAUUUGGCUGAGAAAUAUUUAUGUCAGUGUACGUGCUAAAGUUUUUACCACAGAAUCUUUGAAAUGUCUUGUACUUGGAAAGAGAACUUCAGAUCACCUUAUUUUUUGGCAUGAUGUGAUGAUUUUGAAAAUGAAAGCUCAUAUGGACCCUAAAUAAUAUUUGGCAGGUUUGGUUGUAUUGAAGUUCAUUUAAAUUGAGAUUAGAAACUGAUAUUUUGCCUGUCAAGAAAUAGUGUCUGUACCUGUCAAAAUCCAUGCCUCAGUACAGAUGAAGUCAAAGAAUUUUUCUCAUACUGUUGUGGUAUUUUAAAAGUUGCAAAAAUAAUACAACUUGAAUUAUGUAGCCAGAAAUAUUCUACAAAUGGUGAUGUACAUAAUAUUGCUAAUCAUUAUUGUUGAUCCAUGUUAUGUCCAUUGAUUGUUAACGUUCCAGUUACUUAAAAUUUGUUUUAAAAAAAUGUGCUGUGGUAUUUGCCUCUGUUCUCAAAGUAUUGUUUUGAAAACCUUUUUCUACCUUCAUGUACCUUCCUUCCUACCAAAAGCAUUUGCUAUUAGAUUUUAUGUCCAUCAACUUGUUAAGUAAACCAAAAGUUAUGUUUUGUAGCAUAAUCAGUGAUAUAAAAGAAUGAUGUGAAUGAUUUGGUUUUCUAAUAAUUCCUAUGGUGGCAGAGUAAAGCUACAUGCACUGUGAAGCUGUUGAAUUUAAAGCUAAUUUUUCUCCAUAAAAUGUAUUAAUGUAAAAUAUCAGCUUUAAGUCCUUGGAAAAAGGUGGUAAAAGAUGUGAAAAAAAUUAAUGGUACUAAAAGCUCAAAACAGAUAAUCUCAAACUUUACAUUAAUAUUGUAUUAUAGAAUCAUGAUAUCAUUGUGCAUGAUGUUGCUGCCAAAAAAAAUAGCUCAUAUAUACUCUUUCAGAAAAAGUUUCGAAAGUGCACGCUUGUUAUCAAAUGGUCCCAAGCUCACAAAUUUUCAUAUUGAUUUGCAUUUUAUUGACUUAAACUUGUACAAUGGUCACCUACCUCAAGAUAUUGGUGAAUAGGAAAAAAACUAAUAAUGAAAAUGAUAAAGGAAAAAAAAGGACUCAAACCAUAAGAAUCAAAUUUCAAGUGCACACAACAUUUCAAGGCCUCAGUAUAUGGAAAACAAAGAGGCAAAUUAUAAAGAAAAUGUUAUUAAAAUAAAAUUUUAUGAAGAGACUGUGAACUUUUACCAAUGAAAACACUACAACUUGGCACAUUCCUGCCAAGCGUAUCUUUGACUAAAUUGGCAUCUUUUUAGUGGUUUAAUUAUUUCUAACUCCUCUUUCAGACUAGGAAUCUACAAGGUGGUCAUCACUUGGAGCAGUACAUGACUGACGAGAAACCAAUAUUUAACAGCAUGAUAAAAUUAUCUUUUGUUUUCUAUCAAUAUUGUAUCAUAAGAUUGAAAAACUCAGGUAUCAUAAGAUAAAAAAAAACUCCGAGUUAGUUUACUUCACUGAAAUUUUACAAUAAAGAGCACAAAAAGUAACAGCUGAUAAGGUCAAAGAGGUUAUUUUACAUUCAAAAGGUGAUGCUUCUUGAAAGAACUACAUUGUAGCUCUUCAUUUGAUGACAUCAAAAUAAAAAAGUUGACCACAUCUUUUUUCAAUUUUGGUUUUUGUCUGCAUGUAUUUAUUUAUGUAUUUUAAGAGAAAAAGAAAGAUGGAAAAGGAAAGGAAGGUUGUGUGACUGGUUGAUGGGCUGGGGGAGGAUUAUUACUGCAAAAUUUUGAGGGUAGCAACAGUCAAUAGCAUAAUUUUGGAAUUGGCGCCUUUGGGGAUUUUAAUUUUUGUUUAGUGGUCAUUUCAUUGGAAAUUUACAGUUAAUCAAGGAAGGUAAUAAAAUUUUCUAAACUGGUAAGCAAGAUAUUUAGACAGUUUGUAAAAAGGUUGUUUACUCAAACCUGGAGAUAUUUGAUUUAGGUGCUUCAGUAUUUGAAGAUCAACUUUGCCAGCGUGCAAAGAAAGUAGUGUCCCAUAGCCCAGGGCUAUUGGAUUUUGCUAUCAGGCUAGUGAAUUCUGUUCUCAACUUGCCCGAAGGGCAAGUGAUGUUUUUUGAGGAAUUCGAAUAACAGGGGAACUGGGAAAUCAUUUCUGCUUGUCAAAAAGCUUUUGGGGUUAGUUGAAAUGACGUCUGGGCUAGUAAAUGUUAGCUUUAGCUUGCUCAAAUGGCAAGCUGUUAAAAAUGAUUUUCUUUGCACCCUGUUUGCACCAUUUUUUUCAUAGCCUUUCGUACCUUUUUUUUUUCAAUUUCAGAAUAAAUGCAUUAGAAGAACAACUUGAAAGUCAAAAACUCACAACAGGAAAACAAGUUGAAGAGGAAAGUUUGAAAUACAAGUUGGCAUUGGUAGGUUUACCAUCUAUUUCCCAGCUUAGCAAUCAUUACUCUUGAGCCAUGAUAAGUUUGACAUUUAACAAAGUUAUAUAAUCCUAACCCUGUGUCAUUCAAUCAACUGUGUCACAUAAGUGUUGUCACAGUGGUUCAAUAGACCAAUUCCCAUAUAUUAAAAUAUAACUUGGUUGUGAGGCUUGGGGGAAUAAAACAAAAGAAAUCAUCUUGAGGUUCAAUAAUUAACAAUAAUUCCUUGAGCCUGAAUGGCCUCUGCGUCAAUAGCCCAUGAGGCCGAAAGCCGAAUGGGCUAUUGACGCAGAGGCCAUGAGGGCUCGAGGAAUGAUAUUGUUUUAGGAAACUUGUUUUAGGAAAAUCCAACUAGUUAGUCAAAAAUAUUGAGACAAAACAACUUUAGCUAGCAAAACACGAUUCAGCCGCCAUUGUUUUGUUUUCCAAAGCUGGCGCUUUUCGCCACUAGUGGGCUAUUUAACAUAUAGCCUAGUAGUAGCUCAACCAAUCAGAAUGCAUCAUUGAUAAUAGACCACUAGUUGGAUUUUACUAAUGAAUUAUACACAGUGUUCCCCUUAUCAGGUGGUAACCUGCAACAUUUACCACCUGAAGCAACACUUUUUACGUUCUUGCAAGAGCUUGAAGGCUUACUACAAUUAUUAAAUGAGUAGUUUUAAAAAAUAUGCAAGUUGAGAUCCGAUCCGAUCAAAUGAAUGAAUAUAUGGAAAAUACUAAAGUAUACACAGCUUUAAAUUGUUGUCUGAAGAUAACAAUGCCCAAUUUACAUAAAAUAGGUCUUAAAAUGAGGGAGUUAUGUUUCAAGAACUUAGCUCCUCUUAGGGUGGGACCACGUGCCUCACUCCACUACCCCCCUCCCCCUCACGAAAGUGUACCUCUGGGGCAUAUUUUUUCCUUACUGGCCAUGAAUGGUCCCUUACCUGCUCAAGCCAAAAUUAGAGAGAACACUGAAUACAUUUUUUUUGUUCUAUUCUCCCAAGCCUCGUAGCCAAGUAUGAAUUUUAAUAUAUCAAAAAUGGUCCAUUAUAUCCUUGGUUUAAAUUUUAUAUUACUUUGUUUUAAAGGUAUCGUAACACAUUACCAUACCCUAAUUAGCACCUCUCAUUCAUGAAGAAAAUGGCUAGUUGAAAAAAGAUUAUAACCUUUUUGAGAGCUUGCAAUUGUGUAAGGUGUUGACAAGUAGAAGGCAUCUUGAUAAUCUAAUAUUUGAUGUAAAUUAAUUAGAUGUAUGAUGUACAUUGUAUUGUACUUGGCAAGGAGGUGCUGUUUUGAUUGAACCAAGAAAAUAAAUUAUCAGCAAAAACUGUGUCAAAUCCUAUUAACCCUUGCCAUACCCCCGUCUAUUCAAUAUUUUCUAAAAACUGUUCCUUUCCCCUCCCCCCACCCCUCUCUCCUGAUCCUCCUUAGCAUUUAGAUUUUAUUUAUUUUUUGUCAAAACUCAGUGAAGAUGGCAUAUCAAAACUUUUAAUAAAUUCUUUUUCUUCAAUUUUCAGGUUUGUUUGUUUUGUUUUUUAAGUUUUUAAAUAUUUUUUUUAUUUAUGUUCUCAGAACAAAUUAGAAAGAGAGAAUGAGGAAUCCUUAAAUGUACUAAACAGAAAGUAAGUAUCUUCACAAUUCUUCUUUAUGAAGCUAAUUAAGUCCUUUUUAUGAAAUGAAUAUAAGUUAUUUCCAAUGAAAUCUGGCUUUAAAAACUUUAAGCGUAAAGGCCAAAGUACCAUGUCAAGAUUAAGAAGGAAAGGACUGCAAAGCUAAAUUGAUAAGUUGAACAUCCUGCCAUAUUAGACUUUAUUAAUUUUCUUGUUAGUCUCUCUUUAUAUUUAUUUAUGUAUUUAUUAUUUUUCAACAAACAAUUUAAAUACAGCAUUAUUGGUUCAAAUUAAAAGGGGUCAAAAGAUGUUAUGUUAUGUUGGUAGCUUGAAAUAGUCAUUGUCUCAGUGAGCAGGGUUUGUACAGAGUCUUGAAUUCCAGAUUUGGAAAAAGUGUGGAAAAGUCUGGAAAAAUGGUAGAACGUUUUAAUUUUUUUUGUCAAAGCUACACCAAGUGUUUAAUAAGUGAAAUUUUUCCCACGGUCAAAUCGUAUUCAAUCUUGCCUGUAGCUAAGACAUUCAAUCAGAGAAUGAGAAAAUUCAGAACACGCCUACGUCUGCAUGCACCAUGGUUACUGUAUGUUUGCUUUGCGUCAUGGAAAAAACCUGGUUUCUGUCUUAUUUAAGGUCUUUUUUCAUAACCUAGAGUCUGGAAAAAGGAAUAUUAUUCUUUUGGAAAAAAGUCCGUAUGAACCCUGUCUGAGUAACAAAACAGAUGAUGCACUCAUUUUACCUUCCUCUCUCCAUCUGUGCUUUCUUUUACGGGCGUUUAAAGCUACUUUAUUAUAUGCAAAAAGUAAAGAAGUUUAAGUAAGGAUUUGAGGUCACACCUAAGAAUUGUACCUGGGACCUCUCACACUAACAAACUGUGUUAAUCCUUGCUUCUGCACUGGGCUAAUAUUUUACUUCCUUGUUUGAGAGUUUUAAGACAAAAUUUUGCUUGUCUUAAGAUUACAACAGGCUGAAGAAGAAAUUGAAAGACUCAAGAAAGUGGAGCCUCUUUUAAGAAAAGAACUUGACAUUUGUCAAGAGGUUAGUCAAUACCUCCUUUUCCUUUUUUUACUAUCUAUUAUAGUUACAUUACUUGAUAGUUUUAAUACCAAUUUUUUAAGUGGAUUCAAUUUAUGUGCAUGAAAUUCUUUAUUUACAUCAUUUACAAUUCAAUCAACUACUGUAUUUCCUCGAAUAAGCACCCAUACUCUAAAAGGCGCCGUCUGUGAAUAAGGGCUCACCCCUUAGGCCAUAUUAUCAUACAACCACCCCUCUUGAAUAAGUGCUCCCCUCCCCUCCCCCUCUCUCUUAUAUAGUAGGGGUAAGAGGAAUGCAAAGGUCUGCUUAUCAUUGAUGAGGAUGAUCUCAAGGAUGGUGAGAUAGUCGAUAUUUUAUAAACAUGCAUACUGAUACAUGUGUGUGUUAACCCUUUAAACCCUAAGAUCAAAAUUAAAAUUCUCAUUUGUCGCCCCUACUCAUUUCCUACAGAAAUAGUGGGGAGAAGUUGAUGAGAUAUCGACCAAAUUCAUCUUGUGUGAUCAUGUCCGUAAAUCUCAUAACCACUCUGUUUUAUAAAGCAUUGAUAUUACAAGGAGAAAUUUGAUGCUGAUCACUCUUAGGGCUUAAAGGGUUAAGUAUUCAAAUGGGACCAUGACACCUUAAUUACCAAAUACUUUUUUGACAAACAAAUUAAUAAAGUUACACUUCGUUGAAAGGAAAACUUAAUAAGCGCCCUCCUUCUGAUAAUAGGGAGCUUAAGGAAAAGCGUUUUUGAUCAACGGAAGUCAACCGGAAGUGAGGCAUUUUCCGUCUCAAUAUGCGUUGACGAUAUAAAAUUUGUAUUGCUUCGCUUCUUUACUCUUAUAGAGAUGAUUUGACUGAAAAUUUCAGCAAAACCAUCGUCCAAAAAUGAAAUAAAAGGCCACUUCCGGUUGAGGGGCAUUGCUCAAAACUGUGACUGCUUAAGCUCCCUCUUUGCCUCUCUGCUCCUUUUAGCCAUGAUUUUGAGGAAAUACGUUUUUAAUAUACUGCCAUGCAAGUUUGUAAAAUUGAACAUCAUUAUUGCAGGAGAAAAGAAGACUUCUUAAUCAGGUUGAUAGUCUUGAGCUCGCUCUUCAAAUAAAAGCUGAUGAAGUUAAGGAGCUGAAAGGAAAGCUCGAGGGUGAAGUGAAAGGAAGGCUGGACGAUCAGGAUCGUCAUGAACAGGUCAGUUGGGAUCCUCUUUGGUUAUCCAACAUUUUUUCACUCUUUCCCUCCUAAGCAUACAAAAUGAAGUUUACAAUGUUGAAAUUUUUUUCUGUGGAUUUUAUCCAUAGUCUCAAAAGGUAGAAAUAUAUUGAAGAGUACUAAAUGAAAGUACUUCUGAAGAAGUUUCCAGCAUUUGAUUGGUCACACUGUAGGAUUUCAUCAACAGAUUCAAAAGUUGAGCUACAUUUCUUGCUUCCCUGCAGUGGUAGCGGUUUAUGGUGAACGGACCACUAAUGUCCUAUCAAGACAAUCGUGGCUAACCCACGAGUUUGAACAAGAUUUCAUCUUCAUUCACCUUGGUACCAGUCCUAUGUAUAGUAGUUGGCAGUGACUUAAAAUCUUGCACUGUAAGGCCUCAUUCCUCUAGGUCAGGGUCUGGGGAUGUGCCCCAACAACCAACCCACACCCCCACCCCACCCCCCUGUGCUCCCGCCUAUCCAGAAAAUUUUGAAAUCUACAGGCUUGAAAGUGUAAUUUCCAGUGUAAACCAUUCUAAGCGUGAAAUUGAUUAAAACGUGUGAAAGCCGAAAGACUUAUAAUAAUAAUAGUGUAUUUCAAAAGCCUUUUCGAUGACCUUCUGACAUUUCUUGUUUGUUGUAGUUUCAUUUCUCUUUAGUUAUGGUUUUAGAAUUUGCUAGCCGUGAGAGGCAGAGUCGUAACCUAGCUUUUAUUGAAACCUCUCAUAACCUACGUUUUGCAGGGUAUUGUAUGAUUAUCACUUACAUAGAAAUAUGUUCUCUUCUGUUUCGUUUAGGAGCUCGCUUUAGCCAGCGAACAGUUGGUAGAACUUGAAAAAUUCAAACAUGAAGUAGAAAUAAAACUCAAAGAGCAUCAAAAUGUGGAACAACAAAAAACUGACCUAGAAAGACAUGUUCAGACAUUGAUAAAGGUAAUAUACUAAACACAGAAAUGAAGAGUGGCUUUCUGAAUUCAGCCCCUCUUUUUUGGUCGGCAAAUUGUCCUUUUCAAAAGAGAAUGUCAUGAUUUUGAUAAAGUUUAUAGAGUAAACUCAUUACACGUUGUUUCUUAGUGUGCAAGAGAUUUUAAACCUCCUAAUGAGAACUACCUCGUUAACUUGCAUUUCAUGAUUCGCUCAUAUUUGGUUACAAGUAAUUGAAGUCGAACUAUUGGAAUAGGUUGCUACGUCGGUAUCAUAAUCAUGUUGAUGUCCUACCUGGAAAAUUUGCGGGAGGAUUACAGUCGAAGCUCUCGUAAGCGACCUCCUCGGAAAUUUGAAAAAGGGAUCGUAACUAGAGCUGGUCACUUACGAGAAGGAGCUCUCGUAAGUGACCACAUGGUAAAACAAUAGAGGGUGGUCGCUUAUGAGGGAUUCAGAAACUCAUUAAUAAUUGAUUCAUAAAGAGCCAAAAAAAAAAAGAAAUUAAUGUUUAAUGAGUGUUUUUAUAGCUGAUAUAGACGCGGCUAAACUUUAGGUCCAGUUUUUUAGACCAUCAGCGCAGUGUGUAGUUUUAUUAAAGUGUUGAUUUUUAGAAAUAAGACUCUGAGUGAUCACUUACAAGAGCUUAAAAACAAAGAAAAAGUCCAGUUGGGUAAUCUAAAAUGUGUUCGCGGUCGCUUAUGAGAGCUUUUCAUUACAAAAGUUUAUUUCACAGUUCAAACAGGGUUUAACAAAGGUGGUCAUAACAAGAGCUGGUCGCUUAUGACAGUGGUCGCAAGGGGAACUUUGACUGUAUCUAGAGUACUGUGUUUUAAAGAGCUCCGAUACGGAGUCUCUGACAACCUGACGGUCUUUUACUGCAAAUGGAAUUGGUCAGCAUGGUUUGAUUUCUGUCAACAAAUAUUUUAAAGUGGAGCCAUUGAAAUGUGGCAUCAACAUAAUGAUUUCUAGGCUGAGUCUCCAGCCGUGUUUGUCUUGAUACUCCCUUGGUAUUCUGGGAAGUACUGCGGGUACAUCAAGAAACCCAUGGCUGUGGACUCAGCCUUUAUAAUUUCUAGCUAUCCCUAAGGAGAAUACUUAUAUUGAGCUUGUGUCUCUGCUCUUGUUUUAGGAAAACUUAAGCUUAAAACACUCCAAAGAGGAACUCAACUUUCAGCUGCAUCAGGAUGGAUAUUUUGGUGCCGGGCAGGUAGGUGUACAACAAACAUUAAAUUAUUAAAUAUUACUUAAAUUCUAAACAAAUUACGGUGAUUGCUAAGCGCUAUUAUUUUAUGGCUAGCUCCGCGAGUGGGCGAGUUGAAUCAAAUCUUGUGUCCUUUUUGGCUACCCAAGCGGACACGAUGGGCCCAUCGUGCUCGCUUGGAAUCCUUCACUAAUCAGUACUAUGUCCCGAUCCUCUGAUGUUGUUUUGGCCAUAUAAUAAAUCUGUUAUUGACCAAGCGUGACGUCAAAAACACCAGAAAGUAUUCGGCCAGUAAGUAUCCAGCCUUAAUGACCUCACGAUUGGUCAAUAAGCCACAUAUUUUAAGUUGCAUUUUCCACACUACUCUCUAUUCACAGCAAUUAAAGAAAGGACUGAUCGUGACCUCCUGUGCUCAAUGCCGUUCUGUCAUUGUUUAAGCCGGUUUUAAGAUCUACGCUUUGCGCGCGCUGUUGCCUCCUGUCGUCUUGUUGUCUUUAUUGGGGACCUUCACGAUCUGACAAAGGCGACGUCUAUGAAAACUUCGUUGAAAAAAAGACUUCGCAUCCUUUGGAACUUUUUCGCAAUCAUCCCCAGUCGCCGAGUUACUUUAAAGAGGGACGUCGGAGCUGAAGAGAGGGGACCGCGAUGGCCAUUUCGCGUCGUAGUUGUUGUAGGGACGGCAAAGAAACUUAAUACGAAAUAGCACUAUUCACUUGCAGAGUUGUUUUCUUUUUUGCUUAUUAAACCUAUUGCUUUUUUGACGUUACCGUUGCUGCCCCUCCUAAAUCUUCCUAGUAUGACGAUUCACACGUAGUGUUUCAGAACCUCAAAUAAACAGUGGUUGAGUGAUUCACGCUGACUUUUUAAGCCAAAAGAGCACGCAAGGUGAAACCCUGCCCUGUAAAAAUUUCCCCUUCCACAAAAGACAAUGUUGUUGUUAAUGUUGUUCUUGUUUUGAACCAAGCAGCAAGGAUCACUGGCCGAUGAACUCGUCACAGCUGACAAAGAAAAAAUCAUAAGUACCCUGAGAGACCAAGAGGAAGAAAACAGAAGACUUAGAAGCUACCUGGAUGGAUUAUUAAUGAUGAUAAUGGAACACAAUCCAUCAUUAUUGGAACUUCAAUAA